UUGAAAUUCAAUUGGUGGUAGACUUUGACAUAAUUAAUCAUAUUUAAAUAUAAAUUUUAAAUUAUAAAUUAAAUUGAUAUGAAAGGAAAACUAUCCUUAUUUUCUGUUGUAUUUGCGUAUUGCUGUCUUUUAGCAUUAGCAAAACGUGAAUGCUUUCAGAAACAGUAUGGUUAUUUGACACCAGAUUCAAAUGAUUGCUCAAAAUAUUAUCGAUGUGAUGGUCAAGUAAAUACUCAAGAAUUGUAUUGGAAACAUGAAAAAUGUCCACCAUAUCAGUAUUAUAAUUCGACAGUUCACAAUUGUAUUCCAAAUUAUGGUAGUUGUAAUACUGCUUUAAUAACACAAUAUAUUCAUUGUAGAGAUAAUGACACAAUAUUAGAUCCAAGCGAUUCAAAAAAAUAUUUCAUUUGUGAAAAUGAUGGUUGGGCCCUAAGACAUUGUGUCCAUAGGCAUAUCUUUAAUGAAACUGAAGGACAGUGUGUAUUAGAGAAACAAUGUAUUAGCGGUACUAAUAAAUAUGAUGUAGAAGAUUGUUCUCAGUAUUUUGUUUGUAAUCAAAAUUCAGAAUGGGUUCUAAUGAAAUGUAAAGCAGAUAUGUAUUUUAAUCGAGAUGAAAAUAAAUGUGAAAUCGAUAUAAAUAAUGUUUGUGACACAAAAUUUACAAAUCCACCAUCGACAACCGUUAAACCCACAACUAUUAAACCAACAACUAUUAAACCAAAAACUAAUCCUCCAUCUACAACAAUUAAACCGAAAACCCAACCACCAUCCACAACAGUAAGAUCAAGUACUAAACAACCACCUAAAACUAUUAACCCAAAAAAAGAUUCAUUAAGUAGCAGUACUGAAUUACCAUCGUUAUCAACGAAAGCUCAAUAUGUUCCAGAUAAAUGUAUAGAGCGAACAACUAAACCUGAUUUACAAGAUUGUGCACGAUAUUUUACAUGUACAAAUGGAACGUGGAAUUUGAAUUUAUGCCCAGAAAAUCAUUAUUUCGAUAUAUUUUUCCUAGAUUGUCGUACAGAUUAUGAAGGUAUUUGCAAAAGUUCAACAUACAAUGAUAACAACAAAUUAGAGUUUUUAUGCAAAGAUGAUGAUGUAAAAGCAAACGAACAAAAUUGUAUGAAAUAUCUUAAAUGCAGUAAUCACAUGUGGAUACCAAUGAUAUGUGAGGAUGGUACCUAUUAUAAUGAAGAUGUAAGAGAGUGUGUAACAGAUAAUGGAGAAUGUAAUAACAAACCUCAAGGAGUUUUAAGUGAAAAUGAAGUUACUCCAGGAAUAAUUAAACAUAAUAAUAAUUGUGAUGAAGGUCAAACUAAAUUAGAUGCUUUAGAUUGUGGUCGCUAUUAUGAAUGCUCUGAUGAUAAAUGGGUGUCCAAAGAAUGUAAUAUAAAUAAAUAUUAUGAUAAUAUUAAAAAACAAUGCGUUAUUAAUAAUGGAAAAUGUGAUCGUGACUCAAGUGAAGAUAAGAAAAUUCAUAAAAGUAUUGAAAGAAAUGCCUGUGAAACAGGAGAAACUAAGCCCGAUCAUUUCGAUUGUACACGUUAUUAUACAUGCAGAAAUGAAAAAUGGGUUCCAGCACAAUGUAAACCUCGUAUGUAUUAUGAUGAUGAUAAAAGUAAAUGUAUACUAGACGAUGGAACAUGUAAUGAAGACCUUAAAAACCACCUAACUACCAAAAAAGCAAAAAUACCUUUAAAAAAUUGUGAUGAGGGUGAAACUAAGAAUCAUAUUUUAGAUUGUAAAAAAUAUUAUUUGUGUGAAAACGGUAUUUGGAAAUCAGUAAAAUGUGAAUCAAAAAUGUACUAUAAUUCUGACAGAAAACGAUGCAUUAUUGAUGAUGGAUCAUGUCAGAGCAUUGAUUCGGAAGAUGAAAAAUCGAACGAUAAUACUUGUAAAAAUGAUGAUAUGAAAGUAGAUGAAAUUAGUUGCAAUCGUUAUUAUUAUUGUCGUGACCAAGCUUGGGUAUUAUUAUCAUGUCCACAACGUUAUUAUUUCAAUGAAUCUAGUAGAUAUUGCUUACCGAAUAUUGGAAAUUGUGAAACAACAGUAUCUGAUUCGAAAACUGCUGAAUGUACAGAAGGGAAAUUCAAAUCGAAUUAUAAACAUGAAAGCCAAUAUCAGGAAUGUAUUAAUACAAAAUGGGUUGCAAAAAGUUGUAAAACCGGUUUCAAAUUUAAUAUGGUAUCACGAGAAUGUGAGAAAAAACUUAAUGUUGAAAAAGAAAAUACUAGAACAGAAAGACAAAUGAGUGCGGUACAGGAGAAAUGUGAAGAUGGUAAAGUUAAAAUAAAAGAAGGCAGUAAAAUGGCUUACUAUACUUGUUCAAAUGGUGUAUGGGAAUUGAAAACAUGUCCUGGUGGUUUCAUAUUUGAUUUGAGUUCAACAAUCUGUAUGCCUGAUAUGAAUCUUAGAAAUUUAGAGAUAACGAAAUCUAAAUAAAUCAAUUGAAAAUUUUUAAUAUUAAACGAAGCUUUUAAAACGAACUGCUGCUGUUUUGUUU